GAGAUAUAGAUUUAAACAAUGUAUACGCUUGGAAUUACAACCUGCUGAAGUUUAUGGGUAUCUGGCCGGAAGAGAGGAAAUGGAACCGAUCAUCGAGUUACCUAGUUCUUUUACCAUUUAUUACGAUGGUAUGCUUCGCAUGUGGACCACAAACUAUUAACCUUUCAAUAAUCGCGGGUGAUUCUGAUCUGGUGAUCGAGAAUCUAUCGAAUAACAUUACCUUCAUGGUUUCGAUUAUGAAGACUCUAACUGUUUGGAUAAACGGCAUACCGUUAAAGUCUCUGCUAGGAUAUAUGGCCAAUGACUGGGACGCAGUGACGAAUAAUAUCGAACGAGAAACAAUGGUGAACACCGCGAGGAUCACUAGAAAGAUUACAAUAGGAAGCACAUUGAUGGUCAACAUCGUAAUUAUCGCUUUUGUGCCUGCACGAUUGUCUAGCAUGAAAAAUAACGACAUCACGCUAUUCCUUCGUGGCUAUUACCCGUACAACACCAGCAUCAGUCCAAAUUUCGAAUUGACGAUGAUCGCUCAAUACGUGGCUGCCAUUUAUGCAGCGAAUACGUACACAACUGUAGAUGCCCUCGUCGUCCUACUGAUUUUCCACGUCUGCGGACAACUUUCCAUUUUGAGGCAAGAUUUAGGGAAGAUUCAUUCCUACGAUAAGAAAAAUAUAGAAAUAAAGAUGCAGAAGAUUGUCGAAAAGCAUGAAUAUAUAAGUAGGUUCGCGGAGAGGAUUGAGAAUUCCUUUAACAUGAUGCUUCUGUUUCAAAUGCUGAGUUGCACCAUUCAGAUAUGUUCUCAGUUUUACCAAGUUAUUAUGUCGUUAGGAGAGAAUACAAUGGAACAUAUGAUUUUGCAAAUUUCGUUCCUGUUGAUAUACGUAGCUUACGUGAUGUUGCAACUGUUCCUAUAUUGUUACAUGGGAGAAAAGCUAGCAGCCGAGAGUACAGAAAUAGCUAACACAGCCUAUAAUACCAAAUGGUACAAUUUACCUCCCAAGAAUGCAAGAUGGCUUGUAAUUAUUAUGUGUCGUGCCAGGUCUUCACCCUUACAAAUUACAGCAGGCAGAUUUUGUUCUUUUACUUUCGAGCUCUAUUGUCAAGUCUUAAAAACUUCGAUGGGGUAUGUUUCUGUUCUACACGCAAUGAAAAAUUAA